CCAAAUUAAUUCUGGUACUGCUACUAUUCACAGCAGUUUGAGUUGUACAAAAAUGGGCAUUGGAAAUGGAAAUGGUAGGUAGACGAUAGAUGCUCCAAAAAGGGAACAAUCAUCUUCUUCUAUACUUGAUUAAUUUCUGCACUCAACAAUCAUCAGAAUCAAUCAUGUCACACCCUCUUCCUAUUCUUCACUACAAUCCUCCUUAUUCCUUCUUCUUCUCUUCUCUCUUCGCUUCAGCUUCAACUACUGCUUCUCAUUCCUCUCCCAUUUCCAUCUCCUUCAAACCACAAAGACCGCUUUUUCUUCUUCUUCAUCUUCUUCCUUCUCCCCUAAACGCCUUACCCCAACGCCAACACCACCACCAACUCGGUGACUCGCCCCUUUCCAUUCAGCUCACGCCAAUAUCUACCGAUGACCAAUUUGAUCACCUCCUUCACCACAAUCAACAUCCUCUCAUCAUUGUUUGAGUAACCUUAUAAUUAGCCCUAUGGAAUGGUCCACCUGAUAUGACAUGAUCAGAUCAACUGUUCUGGUUUCUGUUUUAUGGGUGGCAAAUUGGUGUAGAAAAUGCAUAUACUUAAAACCAAAAUUGGAAAAGUUGGCAGCAGAAUAUUAUCCAAGAUUAUGUUUCUACACUGUCGAUGUCAAUACAGUUUCGCAUAAACUUGUUGCUCGGGCUGGUGUCACUAAAAUGCCAACAAUACAACUAUGGAAAGAUGGGAAGAAACAAGCUGAAGUAAUAGGUGGCCAUAAUGCAUAUUGGGUAAUAGGUGAUGUUCAGGAAAUGAUUGAAAAUGAGUGUAACACUUGACAUGAAGAUCAUAACAUGCACCAGACAAUUUUCUUUUUCUUUUCUCUUCUUUCUUUUAUUUUCAUUUUUCCCACCAAUAUCUUAGUCUAACUUGAAUGGUUUUGAGGAAAUUAUUUUCUUCCCUUCAAAAAUACCAAAAGGGGAUUUUUGAUAUUGCUGUUCUGUUCUUUCUCUAGAAGUAUUGGAGUUUUUAAUUUUCUACAAACUUUAUGUGACCAACAUUGAUUUUCUUUCUGUACAGUCUAUGAUUGCCUCAAUUAUAAGUUAAUUUGUCUCUA